UAAUGGCUGCCUUUUAUGGACCCGAUUAUUGAAUUUACAGGAGCCGCGCCCAGGUGGGACUGUGGAGAGCGCUACAGCUUUCGCUACACUGCCUGCCGUCUACCAGCGCUGUGGGGAAGGCAGAUCACUGCGGGUCGAGUAGCAGUCUCUAGUGUUAGCGAUCGCGGCGGCAGCGGCAGCAUUCACACAGCCAUGUCCAGCACAGAAGACGCGCCUUCCUUCUUUAAGAACAUGGGCUCCGGGAGCCCCAAGCCGCGGCAGAAAUUCUGCGGCAUGUUCUGUCCGGUGGAGGGCUCAACCGACAAUAAGACGCUGGAUUUCGGCUCCCUGACCGGUGGGCGAGGCGGGGAUGUGACCGGGGCCAGGAAUACCAACAGGGUCAUUGCCCAACAGAGAGACAUCUCGACUCUGGACCGCGAGAGGAAGGUGGUGAUCCGGAGCGGUUCGGGGAAGGAAGCUUUGCAGAAUCUCAAUGACCAGAGUGACCGGAUGUUGAUCAAAGGGGGUAGAAUCGUCAACGAUGACCAGUCCUUCUGCGCUGACAUCUACAUGGAAGAUGGGGUGAUCAAGCAAAUUGGGGAGAACCUGAUCGUCCCGGGCGGGGUGAGGACCAUCGAUGCCCACGGCCGCAUGGUGGUCCCGGGGGGGAUCGAUGUGCACACACGCUUUCAGAUGCCAGACCGGGGCAUGACUGCAGCUGACGACUUCUACCAGGGAACACGGGCAGCGCUGGCGGGCGGCACCACGAUGAUCAUUGACCACGUGGUCCCGGAGCCCGGGGUGAGCCUGCUGACCGCGUUUGAGCAGUGGCGCGAGUGGGCGGACAGCAAGUCUUGCUGUGACUACUCCCUUCAUGUGGACGUGACCGAGUGGCACAAAGGAGUGCAGGAGGAGAUGGAGGCUCUGGUCAAGGACCACGGUGUCAACUCUUUCCUGGUCUACAUGGCUUACAAGGAUGUGUUCCAGCUCUCUGACUCCCAGAUCUAUGAGGUGCUGAGUGUGAUUCGGGACCUGGGUGCGGUGGCACAGGUCCAUGCGGAGAACGGAGAUAUCAUCGCUGAGGAGCAGCGUCGAAUCCUGGAACUGGGGAUCACAGGACCAGAGGGACACGUGUUGAGCCGGCCAGAGGAGGUAGAGGCAGAGGCAGUGAACCGCUCUGUAACAAUCGCUAACCAGACCAACUGCCCGCUGUACAUCACCAAGGUAAUGAGCAAGAGCGCCGCUGACAUCAUUGCCCUCGCCAGGAAGAAAGGUUCUGUGGUUUAUGGAGAGCCCAUCUCUGCCAGCCUGGGUACCGAUGGAUCGCACUACUGGAGCAAAAACUGGGCGAAAGCGGCUGCCUUCGUCACCUCUCCCCCGCUGAGCCCGGACCCCACCACCCCUGACUAUCUCAACUCCCUUCUGUCCUGCGGAGACCUGCAGGUGACUGGCAGUGCCCACUGCACCUUCAACACUGCCCAGCGCGCUGUGGGCAAGGACUGCUUCACCCUGAUCCCCGAGGGAACCAACGGGACAGAGGAGAGGCUCUCUCUCGUGUGGGACAAGGCCGUGGUGACGGGGAAGAUGGACGAGAACCAGUUUGUGGCCGUGACCAGCACCAACGCAGCCAAGAUCUUCAACCUGUACCCACGCAAGGGGCGCAUCGCUGUGGGCUCCGACGCAGACCUGGUCAUCUGGGACCCCGACUGCAUGAAGACCAUCUCCGCCAAGAACCACAACCUGGCGGUGGAGUACAAUAUCUUCGAGGGGACAGAGGUGCGCGGAGCCCCCCUGGUUGUGAUCAGCCAGGGGAAGAUGGUGCUGGAGGAGGGGACCCUGCACACCGUCGAGGGGACCGGCCGCUACAUCCCCCGCAAACCCUUCCCGGACUACGUGUACAAGAGGAUAAAGGCUCGCAGCAGGCUGGCUGAGCUGAGAGGGGUACCCCGCGGCCUGUACGACGGGCCGGUCUGCGAAGUCUCUGGAACCCCCAAAACCAUGACCCCUGCGUCCUCCACCAAAACCUCCCCUGCCAAGCAGCAGUCGGGCCAGUCAUUGCGCAACCUGCACCAGUCCGGGUUCAGCCUUUCCGGAGCCCAGGUCGACGACAACAUUCCCAGACGCACCACCCAGCGCAUUGUGGCUCCCCCGGGGGGGCGGGCCAACAUCACCAACCUUGGCUAAACCAGCUCCUAUUGGCCGACUGGGGGUGGAGAGGCGGGGUCCAGCCCUAAUCAGUGUUGAGCCUGUGACCCUCACUACCAACAGACAGGCUCAACAGCGCCCCCUAUCUCCCUUCCCUAAACCACCUUCCCACCCAACACAGACACCCACUAUCUCACAGUGAAGCCUCAUAAACACUACACUCCAUGUUCUGGCACUCAAGACUGCAGUAUUAUUAUUAUUAUUAUUAGGGUUUUAUACUGUGUUACCUACCUGCCAUCUCCAUCGUUGUUUUUAAAAGGAAGAUUAAAGUGAAUUGACCCUGAGCUGUUAAUAAUAACAACAAGAAAUCAUUACAGGAAAACAGUGGGAGGAAUUCUGUAGAUGUUUUUUGUUCAGAAGGUUUUUUCUUUCUUUUUUUUUUUUUUAAAUGUCUUUAAUUCUCAUUUCAUCAUCGCUUGACAUUUCAAAAGGUAAAAAUGGCAGCUUGAUAGGAAAAAAAAAUUCUUCUUCUGAUUUUGUUUUUUGUUGUAAAACAUUAAAACGGUGUCUCGAUGAA